AUGAAAAGUCUCAACCCACAUAGGGAUCAUCUCAAACCAGACAAAGUUCCCAACCAGCGGAAGAGUCUCAACCAAGGAAGAGUAUCAACCAAGGAAGAGUCUCAACCAACAAAGGGAUCCUCGCAAACCAGACGAAGUUCCCAACCAGCAGAAGGGUCUCAAUCUAGGAAAAUUCUCAACCAACAGAGUGAUCCUCUCAAACCAGACAAAUUAGCCAACCAGCAGAAGGGUCUCAACCAAGGAAGAGUCUCAACCAACAGAGGGAUCCUCCCAAACCAGACGAAUUUCCCAACCAGCAGAAAGAUCUCAACCAAUGAAAAGUCUCUACCAAGAUAUGGAUCCUCUCAAACCAGACAAAGCUCCCAACCAGCGGAAGGGUCUCAACCAAGGAAGAGUCUCAACCAAGGAAGAGUCUCAACCAACAAAGGGAUCCUCGCAAACCAGACGAACUCCCAACCAGCAGAAGGGUCUAUAUCUAGGAAAAGUCUCAACCAACAGAGGGAUCCUCCCAAACCAGACAAAGUUACCAAUCAGCAGAAGGGUCUCAAUCUAGGAAAAGUCUCAACCAACAGAGGGAUCCUUCCAAACCAGACGAAUUUCCCAACCAGCAGAAAGGGAUCAUCUCAAACCAGACAAAGUUCCCAACCAGCAGAAGGGUCUCAAUCUAGGAAAAUUCUCAACCAACAGAGGGAUCCUCUCAAACCAGACAAAUUAGCCAACCAGCAGAAGGGUCUCAACCAAGGAAGAGUAUCAACCAAGGAAGAGUCUCAACCAACAAAGGGAUCCUCGCAAACCAGACGAAGUUCCCAACCAGCAGAAGGGUCUCAAUCUAGGAAAAUUCUCAACCAACAGAGGGAUCCUCUCAAACCAGACAAAUUAGCCAACCAGCAGAAGGGUCUCAACCAAGGAAGAGUCUCAACCAACAGAGGGAUCCUCCCAAACCAGACGAAUUUCCCAACCAGCAGAAAGGUCUCAACCAAUGAAAAGUCUCUACCAAGAUAUGGAUCCUCUCAAACCAGACAAAGCUCCCAACCAGCGGAAGGGUCUCAACCAAGGAAGAGUCUCAACCAAGGAAGAGUCUCAACCAACAAAGGGAUCCUCGCAAACCAGACGAACUCCCAACCAGCAGAAGGGUCUAUAUCUAGGAAAAGUCUCAACCAACAGAGGGAUCCUCCCAAACCAGACAAAGUUACCAAUCAGCAGAAGGGUCUCAAUCUAGGAAAAGUCUCAACCAACAGAGGGAUCCUUCCAAACCAGACGAAUUUCCCAACCAGCAGAAAGGUCUCAACCAAUGAAAAGUCUCAACCAAGAUAG